UUAAAUUGGUCAUUAGUCUCAACUCUCAUCUUCGUCCGCACAUUCGACAAGUGGUAACAAUAUCCAAACACUCUCACUCCGCCAUGGCCACCGUGCUCGAAUCCCUCGCCGUUCUCCCUCGCCCUUCCGCCACCGCCGCCGCCGUAUUCUCCCCUCGCCGGAGCUACCCCAAGCUGCCGCAAUACGCGGGUCUCAAGGCCAGACCCAGGCCCAUCGCCUCCACUCGCCUCACUGCUUCGCCCGCCGCCGCUGCCAGAGUUGUUAAUCGCACCGCACGCGUCGGCGUCGUGUGUGAGGCUCAGGAUACCGCCGUUGAAGUGGCUUCUAUUACUGAUGCAAAUUGGCAAUCGCUUGUCCUUGAAUCUGAAUUUCCCGUUUUGGUUGAAUUCUGGGCUCCAUGGUGUGGUCCUUGCCGAAUGAUCCACCCCAUAAUUGAUGAGCUUGCAAAGCAAUAUGCUGGGAAGCUCAAGUGCUACAAACUUAACACUGAUGAGAGCCCUUCAACUGCUACUCGUUAUGGCAUUCGAAGUAUCCCAACUGUUAUGAUCUUCAGGGAUGGUGAGAAGAAAGAUACUGUUAUUGGUGCUGUGCCCAAGUCAACAUUGACCUCGAGCAUAGAAAAGUUCGUAUGAUGUGGUAAGUGAUGAUGACAUUUGCUGGAAAUAAACUUAUACAGCCAUGCUCUAUGUUGCGAAGGAAAAUUGCUAGAAACAUUGAUGUAGCUGCGCUGACUAUGUUAUUUGGCGGAAAUCAUGGGGUAGUCGGUGAUAACUACCCUAUCUUGUGUUUCGUAUAGUAACAUUUAGUAUCUAUUUUCCAAAGUUAUAAUUUCUUCUAGUUUCUACACCUCUUAGCCCUUGUAUCAAGUUUCGAUAAUUUGCUUGCUUAAAUACUCAUUGUGCUCUGUAUAGUUAUCGAUGCAUCCUUAUUUUCUGUUUUUUAGAUUAUUCUACUAGUUACCAAUAUGUUAAGUAAAUUUACCAUUAAACUAGAGUACAUUUUAAAUUGAUUUUGCA